UCAACCAUUGAAUUCAUCGCAUCCAUAUCGUAACUCCUUCCCAUCGAAGCCAUCAUUGAACAGUGUGUGUGUGUGUGCGCGCACGAGAUACAGUGCACCGUGGCAAACAUGUCCAAAUUUCUUUCUCUUCGUCGCCCGACGACCAUAUCCAAAUUGGCCCCUUUCGUUCCACAGCAUCCGGAUGCACUGCCGCGGGAAAUCGUUCCACAGUGGGCCGAUCUGCUGCCGUCGGCGAAGCUGCCCGACCGUUGCUGCCCAGUGCACGCUAAGGACCUUUCCCGAGGAGCACUAGGGCAGCCGGUGUGGGAAUUUCCACCCGAGCAUGGGUUUGAUCUGCAGGAUCCGGAGCUUCGGGUGGUUCGCCGGAGCUAUCUUGAGCUGCAUGAUAAGUAUUUGCGCGAGUUCUGGACGGAAGCGCUUAAAAAGAAUUUGAAGCGCCGUGGGCUCAUCAACAAUGAAGAGAGAGUCAUGUGCACGCUGAGGCAGCUCAACCAAUAUCGAAGCUUUCUUUUCCAGCAUUAUCGAUUGCAGUUGAAGCGACUUCUGCAAAAGCUGGGAAGCGAUAAGGCAAUGGAUGACCACAAUGCAAAGGUACAAACGCACAUGGAAACUGUCCCAGACUUUGAGGAAAAGUUGUUCAUCAGACGUAAUCGAGCCGCUGGAAUCUAUAGCAAGAAAAUGGACGGCUGGAAGCAAACCGUUGAAAAGUACAAACAGCAGAUUACAAACAUUGUGAGGAAUAAUGAGCUGAAAAAGCAACAAAAUCUGGCCGAAGGGCACCAGCGUGAUUUGAAGAAUAUGCAUCGUUACUACGAACUUUUGGAUCUUCGCAAAAGGAAACUUCUAAUACUCAAACGACGAUUGCGGGAACGAGACACCUCCCUCCAACGACGACUCCUCAGCAAUCAAAGAAGAAGGCAGGAGAUCAAUGCCCGAAUGCAAAUCGAGCACUUUCGCAUGCACUACGUAGCGUACUUGAAAGAGCGCCACGAAAGCCGCCAGUGUUUGGAAUCCUUCCUCACGCAGAUGCAGCACAAGGUACAGGACCGGAAGGAGAUGUACGAGCGCAAGCACAAAAAGCUGGAGCAAGAGCUGGUGCGGCGCAAAGCGAGAAAUCUAACGGACAAGUACCGCCGGCGCAGCAAAGCCGCACUGGUGCGAGCCCUCCAGCGGGAGUGCAAAAAGAGCGUACUGGCAAAGGUGGGCGGCGGGUCCGGUAGGGCGGUCGCGAUGGCGCAGCAGGAGCGCAUCGAGCGUGCAAUCGAUGCGGCGUACGCCAUUCACACGGCCAUCAGUCCCACGACCAGCAGCACUCAGAUUAUCGAUACCGCCAGCCAGUUCGUGCUCGAUCUGCGCGACAUUCCGAUCGAUCCCUUGCCGCAGGAUCAGCUCAUAACGGCUUACGUCGUGUGUAAGCUGCGUGAAGCGAUGAACGAGAUCGUGGAACGCUCCGUGCAGGAAGCGCGCGAACUAAUAGAGCAAGUGGCGGUUAAAAAAAUCGAAUCCCUCCACCAGGAAGAGCAGACGGUGCGCUCUUCGCUCUCGAGCCAGGGCAGCAUCCCGAAGCUGCCCUCCUUUCUGGCUCGCCCUGGUGACCGCAAUCAGUCCCGCGUGUCGAUGGGCCCGGUAGCGAUCGUGGAACAGUACGAGACGGAAAGCUUCUCGCUGAAAAAGUGCCGCAACCGACCACCGACCCCCGUGACCUCAGUUACCUCGCUGGUCGAGCGUACGUUACGCCAGUCGCACGAGGAACGGGCAAGCAUUAGUGCGCUGGAAGUGACGACCGAGGCAGCGCUGGAUGUGUUGCAGCGCAUCCAGUCCGAUUCCUACCCACUGAUACACGUGAUGCACAGCCAGCGGCGCUAUCUGGAGGGCAACUUGCUCAAGUACCGCAUGAUCGUGCAACCGUACGUCGGUCAGCGUGUGCUGGCCGCCCUCGAUCUGGAACGGUUAGCCAUCGUCAAGGACUUUGCGGACGAAGAGGACGACGAAGGCGAUAACGGUGGGACGAAUGCGGCGCGUGACUCGAUUCUCCAACGCACCGCUAGCGCGCUGUUGCGGUUUCCGGAAAGCAACCGCCAGUACGCAAUCGCUCUCUGCGACACCGUGCACUUGCUAUCAGUGCAGGCGAUUGGAAAGAUCCAGCAAAUACUAAACGCACCAUAAUCAAGGGUGUGACGACAAGUGCGGUUUCGCUUAUCUAGCCAACUAUCAGUUAGUUUUAUUGUGCUUCGGUUCCACGAACAGAACGAUUCCUUUGCAACAGAGAGUCUUAAUAAAACGCGGUUUGUCUUUACA